AUGGCGACCCCCAGCAACGCCGGAACUGAUUCGGUGGUCCCCUUCAACGUUGAUGAGGCCAGAGUCAGGCUGGCUCGUGUUCCCGCCCCGGAGUUGGCUUCGGUGCUACGGCUCUUCCACCAAGUCACAACCCCCGCCGGGACCAAAAAACUUGAGUUGAUCGUCCUGGCGGUGGAGGCAGAGACUCGCGAACACUAUGCGAGAUUUUCCGCAGAAGCACUUCUAGCAUACCUACGUAGCCGUGGCCAGUCCAUCGACGCCGCGUCCGCUCAUGGGGAUCUCGUGACUGCGGUCGUGAGGCUGGAAUGCCAAGGUGAAAUGAUGCGGCGUUUUGGAGCCAUGGUCGUACCGGGCCUCGUGGACGAGCUGGUGUUGAGGCGCGUGUCCACCCGUGGUGCAGGCAGGACCAAGUGGGAGAAGGUCAACACUCUGAUCCAGUUCGACUGCCAGCAGCAGGGAAAUCCCCCCCUUCGGCCGCGUGCGUCGCAACCUCGACCCGUGGCGAUACCAACUAUGCCAGCGGCCUUGGCCUCAUUUCCAGCUCCCGCGCAAUUGGCGCCUGCGGCCAAUGUCAGCGGGGGCCCUGGUCACAACACUGUCACACCUCGCUUGUCUUCCGUCCUGCAACCACUCAGUCGGUUGGCGAUCGACGACCCGGCCGACCAGCUUUCCCCCAGAGGUCGUCCAUGGCCAACAGUGCGCCCGGCACCGCCGCAAGCUUCCCGACCAGCCCCAGUUCCAACUGCGCCUAAGCCUCUGUCACUUAAUAUGCCCAUGGCCCGAUUUCCGCCGCUUGCGCCUCCAGUCAUACCCGCAUCUUAUCAACCGGUGCAUCGAGCUCCGCAACCCCCUGGGACCUUCCCAUCCGCAUGGCCGCGCUCACCACCUUUGCAGCAGGCUCAAAUACUUCCUGAUGAACCUGCAGCCACACCAGCAACACCUCGACCAGCAGAGGACCCUUCGAAAGUCGCCUUGGUUGCCUUCCCAUCCCCACAGCCGCGCUCACCACUCUUGCAACAGGCCCAACUCCUCCCCCUUGAACCUGCGGCCGCACCGGCAGAGGACCCUUCGACACUCGCUUUGGCGACCCUGUCGCCGUUGCCGAUUACAGAACACACGCCUAGAGCAGAUCAGCUCGUCGCCGAUCUGUCUCUGUCGCCCGGUGGACUUGAUAUAUGCGAGCAAGCCAAGCAUGCGCUCCUACGCGGUGAGUGGAAGGCUUUUGCACCAGCCCACUUCUAUUCACUGGAAGAGAGCUUUAUGGACACCAUACGUGAGAAGCGAGAGCAGCACCAGGAUUCCACCUCGGCACUCUAUAGCCUCGCACUUUUGCACGAUGUCAUGGACUCUCUGGGCUUGCAAUUUGUGGAAUACAAUGAAUCGCACGUUGCCCCUACCUCCCCUCCCUUGGACCCUCCCGCGGUCGACAGACAGGCUAACGGCAUGUCGUUCGUCUCCAAUUACGUCUCAAACUUGUUUGGCGCGAGGAAGGCCCUCGAGCCGAAGAGUGUCGAGCAGGACCAGCAUCUACCCGCCUUGAUCGAGUAUCCUGAGUAUGUCGACGAAGAGCAAUCGCCCGAACCACCCGGCCAGCAAGAUCAGGCAGAGGGGUUUGAGGAAGUGACAGACGAUGGUAACGGUGAUGCACAGUUGCAGAUCACAGAGGCUCCCGCGGUCGUCGACACCGAUGAAGCUCUGGGUGAAGAGCAGAAGAGUGAGCCGCAGGCCAAGGACAAACAGCCCGCCGCCGACGAGUACUGGACCCCGGAGGACAUUGAGCAAAUGUAUCAGGUUCUCGAUCUCCUCUGUUCGCCCAGCGCCAAGUCCCACUUCAUCACAGCCAGGAAACAGGCCCCGAAUGACCCACUACUCAUCGAGGUACGCCGAGUUUGCCGCGGGCAAGCACGGCCUAAGCGCGAAGAUCUUUCUCUCCAGGACAAUGAGCUCCCACCAACGGAUAUGGACAUAGGCUACCCCAAAGAAUGGGGUGUCACCAAAACAAUCCCCACCCAACUUUGGAAUAAAUGGAAGAAACAGUAUCACAACUGA